CAGAACCGAAUGGUCUUUCGGUUCUGAAAUUGUUUUCUAGUCCUUCGAUUAUAUAGGUUUUACCAAUCUGAUUACGUGGAAUGACUAUUUUACCCUUGAAUCCUUUUCUACUUUUUCUUCUCCCUUUCCUACCUUAGUCCUCGUUUUGUUGUUGUUAAGUCAUCUUAGAUCUGUAGUUUUUUCGCGACAGCCCAUAAAUUUCUCUGAUAAGACGGUCGAUCGGAUCGAAUCUAAUCGAAUCGAGGGUUUAGGGUAAGAGACAUGGCGCAGCAAUCGUUGAUCUACAGCUUCGUCGCUCGCGGCACGGUGAUCCUCGUCGAGUUCACUGAUUUCAAAGGUAAUUUCACCUCCAUCGCCGCUCAGUGCCUCCAGAAGCUCCCGUCUUCGAACAACAAGUUCACCUACAACUGCGACGGUCACACGUUCAACUACCUCGUCGAAGAUGGAUUCACCUAUUGUGUUGUUGCGGUUGAUUCUGCCGGGAGGCAGAUCCCGAUGGCGUUUCUGGAAAGAGUGAAAGAGGACUUUAACAAGAGAUACGGUGGGGGAAAGGCUGCAACUGCUCAAGCAAACAGCUUGAAUAAAGAGUUUGGCUCUAAGCUGAAAGAGCACAUGCAGUAUUGUAUCGAUCAUCCAGAUGAGAUUAGCAAGCUCGCUAAGGUGAAGGCGCAAGUGUCUGAAGUUAAGGGUGUUAUGAUGGAAAACAUCGAGAAGGUUCUUGACCGUGGUGAGAAAAUUGAGCUUUUGGUGGACAAAACUGAGAACCUCCGCUCACAGGCACAAGACUUCAGAACAACGGGGACGCAGAUGAGAAGAAAGAUGUGGCUUCAGAACAUGAAGAUAAAACUCAUAGUCCUCGCCAUCAUUAUCGCACUGAUUCUCAUCAUCGUGCUCUCAGUCUGCCACGGCUUCAAGUGCUAAAGCCCAGGAAAUUCGAAACCCUCUGAGAUCUUUCUCACUCGCCGUUUCUUUUAUUGUUCUAUCAUCAUUCUAAUGUUUCUGCUUGAAUUGGUUUUGUAUAGAUAGACAUAUAUGUAUGCUACACAUUUGCUAUAUUGCUUGCACCUGAUGACAUUUUGAUCCCUUGAGGACCAGUAUUUUGCCAAGCGAUCGAAAACUAUUAAAUGAUUUUGUCCACUGAUGAUUGUAUGGUGAUGAUGAUAAUAAGUUGACAAUGAGGAUGAUGAUUUUGUCUUAAAAAGCCAAGUGAUAUAUGAAAAU